UGACUGUUUUGCCAACAGACUAUUCUCCAAUCUCUCCUUUUCCUCAGGCCUCCCUAUUCUCUGAGGCACAACAAUAUUGAAAUUGGGCCAAUUGAGAACCCUAUAGUGGCCUAUAUUUGUUAUGGAAAUUGACUCGUGAUUCUGAAAGCCUGCAAGUCUCAAAAUCUGCUGUCUGUAAGUUGGAGAAGCAGGAAAGCUGCUGGUACACUUCAGUGUAAGCCCAAAGGCCUAAGAACCAGGGGAGCCCAUAGUGCAACUCCUGGUCAUGUAAGGAAGUGGAGGAUUAGAUGAUUUGCCCAAAGUCUCGCCAUAAUUCGUAGAGCUGAGAUUGAAAUCCAGGUGAAACUUCACAUAUCACAUUCUUUUUAUCAGAUGGCAGUUUCUGGAUUUACUCUUGGUACCUGCAUACUUCUGUUGCACAUUAGUUAUGUGGCUAAUUAUCCCAAUGGAAAAGUAACACAGUCAUGCCAUGGAAUGAUUCCUGAACAUGGUCAUAGUCCACAGGCUGUUCCUGUUCAUGACAUUUCAGUGAGUCAGAUGACAUUCAGGCCAGGGGAUCGGAUUGAAGUUACUUUGUCAGGGCAACCAUUUAAAGGCUUUCUCCUAGAAGCGCGUAAUGCUGAGGAUUUGAAUGGCCCUCCUGUUGGCUCCUUCACAUUGAUUGACAGUGAAGUGUCACAGCUUUUGACCUGUGAAGAUAUACAGGGAUCAGCUGUGAGUCACACAAGUAAAUCUAAAAAAACAGAAAUUAAAGUCUACUGGAAUGCUCCAAGCAGUGCCCCAAAUCACACACAGUUUCUAGCCACAGUUGUUGCGAAGUACAAAAUCUACUGGGUGAAGAUUCCUGGUCCUAUAAUUUCACAACCAAAUGCAUUUCCUUUUACGACACCUAAAGCUACAAUAGGACCUUUGCCAACGUUAGAUCCAGUUUCCCACUUAACCAAACCAUUCAGUGCCUCAGAUUGUGGGAACAAGAAGUUCUGCAUUAGGAGUCCUUUGAACUGUGACCCAGAGAAGGAGGUUGCCUGUGUCUUCUUGUCCUUCACAAGAGAUGACCAAUCAGUAAUGGUUGAAAUGAGUGGUCCCAAUAAAGGCUACUUGUCCUUCGCAUUGUCUCAUGACCAAUGGAUGGGUGAUGAUGAUGCUUAUCUGUGUAUUCGUGAAGAUCAGACUGUGUACAUCCAGCCUUCCCAUUUAACAGGGCGAAGUCACCCUGUAAUGGACUCCAGGGAUAGCCUUGAGGAUAUGGCUUGGAGGUUGGCGGAUGGUGUUAUGCAGUGUUCUUUCAGAAGAAACAUUACCCUUCCUGGAGUCAAGAAUAGAUUUGAUCUAAACACAAGCUAUUACAUAUUUCUAGCAGAUGGUGCAGCUGAUGAUGGUCGAAUUUACAAGCACUCUCAGCAACCUUUGAUAACCUAUGAAAAAUAUGAUGUGACAGACUCUCCAAAGAACAAAGGAGGAUCCCAUUCUGUACUCCUUCUGAAGGUUCAUGGUGCCUUAAUGUUUGUGGCAUGGAUGACUACUGUUAGCAUAGGUGUACUGGUUGCCCGAUUCUUCAAACCAGUUUGGUCAAGAGCUUUCUUCCUUGGUGCAGCAGCUUGGUUUCAGGUGCAUCGGAUGCUCAUGUUCACCACAACUGCCCUCACCUGCAUUGCUUUUGUUAUGCCCUUUAUAUACAGGGGAGGCUGGAGUAGGCAUGCAGGUUACCACCCAUACCUCGGCUGUAUUGUGAUGACUUUGGCAGUUCUUCAGCCUCUUCUGGCUGUCUUCAGGCCACCUUUACAUGACCCAAGAAGGCAAAUGUUUAACUGGACUCAUUGGAGUAUGGGAACAGCUGCUAGAAUAAUAGCAGUGGCAGCGACGUUCCUGGGAAUGGAUUUACCAGGACUGAAUCUUCCUGAUUCACAGAAAACCUAUGCAAUGAUUGGAUUUGUAGCCUGGCAUGUAGGGACUGAGAUUGUUCUGGAGGUACAUGCUUAUCGGCUCUCUCGCAAAGUUGAAAUUUUGGAUGAUGACAGAAUUCAGAUCCUUCAGUCCUUUACUUCAGUGGAAGCGGAGGGUCAUGCUUUUAAAAAGGCAGUAUUGGCAAUUUAUAUCUGUGGGAAUGUUACUUUUCUCAUCGUAUUUUUGUCUGCAAUCAACCAUCUAUAAGCAAGCAAAGACCUUGGCUUUUGCAGGCCAAGUGAUAAUUAUCAUCAAACCAAAGAAACUUGAAGCCUGCACUGACUGCCUGGAGCAUAUUUGUGAAUUUUCACUUGGAAAACUGGGGUCAUGUCUGAAGAGGAUUUCUGAAGUCCAGCUGUUCAACAUUCAAGAGGGUCAUAUAGACUAUAACUUAAUGUCACGCCCUACGUUUAAUUCUGGGUCUUAAAGGGAAGAUUGUACUUCGGAAGUAACUCUCAAAUAUUUCAUGCCAAGAUUUUAAGAAUGUUGAUAUUCAAGAAAAUAAAUAGUGAUUUGGAAGAACACAACAGAUGUCACUACGAUAAAAAGGAGGUAUAUUAAGGUAAAUAUACUUUAGACUACAAAGGUGCUGUUGUACUUUAAAGAAAAACAAUUUAUUUUUACUAGUUUAUCUGAAUGGUCUGUGUUUAUUUAGAAACCGUUUUUCAGUUUAGUUUUUUGGACGUAUUCUUUGCUCAGUGUAUUUCAUUACUUCUCUAGUAAAGGUGGAAAUGAGGCAGAUGCCAUUGUAGGUUUUACCAGCAUUUAAAUAUAUUAUGAAUAUUAUAAUUUAUUUCUUAGCAAUGACAUUCAAGUAUGCAUCUUUUACUUAAAGACCAUAUUUAUGUAUUCAGCUGUGGAGAUGAAAUAGCAUUUUAUGUGUUAAUUGUUUUGACUAUAAAAUGUAAGUCCUUACAGCAUUUGGGGACUAUAGACUUGGAUUUCAAAACUGAUAAAACUCACCCUUGUGAACAUAUCUAACAGAUAUUCUAUUUACUUGUAGAAAUAAAAUAAUGUGUUUGGUUCUGUUUUGUCAGACAUUUUUGAUGCUCUACUGAAUCAGAAUCGUCAGUGUUAUCUUCCUUAUUUCAAUAAUUCAUCGAUUUUAUGGCUUCAUCGCAUAUGUGCUAUGAGGACUUCUAGCCAGUGGGUGGCGCUGUAAUACCGAAGUUCUGUUCUGCUUUGUUCCUGUUUGCUUCUGCUGAUUCCUUUUUAGUAUUUAGGUAACAUUAUGGGAUGGCAUUUCCCUUAAAUUCCACAAGCUCUCCUUAAUCUUUAUUUUUAAAAGGUCUACUUUUUUUGGGUGCUUGAGGUAAUGGGUUAAAACCUCAAAUUAGUAACCAGUGUUUAUUUUCCAGUUUCUGUUUGUUUUCUGUGAUUAUUUGUAACAAUUGUUUGAUAUUUGUUUUUACCGCCCCCCGACCCUGUAAUGAAUGAAUGCAGCUAUCUUGGGCAAAGCAAAUAAAUAAACGGGACAUUUUUAAAUAAAAUAUUUAGGAAGUCAUA